GUAAACAAAAUCUUAACCUUACAUUUUAUAGUCGAAGCGGAAAUAAUAAUACAAUUUAAUUGAUACCGUUAGUCGUAUCCUUUUGAAAUAUUUGAGUGAAAUUAGGAAUUAUGAUAUUACUAUGUGGUUUACUAUGUGUGAACAGUGCAAUUUGUGUCAUCUAGGUUUAUGAGUAACUAUACUAUUUGAAAGGUUCCUGACCUAGAGAUCUUUUAUCUGCAGUAAUACAUUAUUUAGAAGCACACAUUGUGCCUGUAAGUGCCAUUGAGAAAUGGAUGAAAUUGAGGGAUCACGGGUGGACUUUGGUUUGUUGACGAAAGACAAUUAUCUAUACAUCCGUAACAGAAGCGUGAAUGGAAAAUUGUACCUAAAAUGCCGUGAGAAGACCUGUGGAUGCACUGCCCAAUGGGAGCCAGCUCGGGAUAGGUUUUUCAUCAACAUUCCACAUAAUCAUGAUGCAAAUUCUAUUGACGUUGAGGUACUCAAACUCAAGGCAGAACUGAAAAAUCUAAUCCGCAGAGGUGAAAGGCCUUACAGAAAAGUCUUUGAAGAAGUAUGUGCAAAAUACUCCCAGGAUGCAACUGACAGAGUAGCUCUUUACCGCAAUACAUUGAGGAAACAUCGCUUUCAAGUAAACAGAAGGAAAAAGCAACUGAUGCCAGAUUUUCAGGCCAAAGUUCAUGGUGUUAACCAGAGCCCAUCAAGCUUAAAGUUAAUGGAUGUCUUACACAAAGGUGAAGUGCAAUCAGAACAUCAAGAAACAUUUACACAGGUUGCAGAUACAGAUGAUGAUGAUACAUUUAAUGAAGAGGAAGCUAGAAACUAUGAAAAGAUAGGAGAGACAACAGUGACUGACAACAUUGAAACACCUCCCAAUGAGAGUGAAUCUGUAAUCACUGAGAUAUUAAAAGAGGCAGAGGUAUCGAUAGUAGAUCAGUCGCAACCGAUCAGAGAUCAAGAAGAUCGUUUAAACAUCAUGAAGCGUAGUUUCAAUUUGCAAGGGGUUUCCAAACAGGUGGCUGAGGAUAACGAGAAACUUUUUUGUGAACCAAUAGUAAAACUGAAAAAAUUGAAAAUGUCUCUGUCUAAAGAGAAACCAAGAGAAGCAAGUUGUCAUAUGACAGGGUCGGAGUGUGUGAUGACAGUGUCUGACAACAGUGAGAUACCUUCCCGUGAGGAUGAACCUACAAACAGUGAUACAUUAAAAGAGGUUGAGGCAGUAGAUCAGUCACAACCGACAAGAGAUAGAGAACAGAAUUUGAGCAAGAAGUGUAAUUUCAAUCUGCAAAUAACUUCGAAGCAGCAGACUGAGGACAAUGAGAGACCAAUGACGACAGUGACUGACAACAGUGAAAGACCUCCCAAUAAGGAUGAACCUAUGAACACUGAGACCUUAAAAAAGGCAGAGAUAGCAGAUCAGUCACAACUAUCAAGAAAUCAAGAAGAUUGUUUAAACAUCAAGCGUAGUUACAAUCUGCAAGUAGCUUCCAAGCAGCAGGUUGAGUGCAAUGAGAGAAAUCUCCCUAAACCAAGAGUAAAAGCGAAAAAAUUGAAAAAGUGUUUGCCUACAGAUAAAAGAGAAGCCAGUAAUGAAGUGACACGUUUGGAGUUUGUGGUGAGCAAACUCGAGAGAUUAUCAGAUAAAAUGGCAGCUGUUACUUUUGGUGAUAGUUAUGAUCAGUUUGGAAAAUACAUUGCUACCCUACUGCGAGGUCUUCCUCGUAAGGCAGUCAAUUCCCUGAAACGGAAAAUGGUGCAGGCUGUCCUUGAUGUAAAGUUUGAUCUUGAUGAUAAUGAAAACUCUCUACCAAACAAUAAAUCCCAAAAUAUGUCCUCUCCUCAACAACAUCUGAAGAAAUCUGAUAUCAGUACCAGUCACUUUGUACCAAUAUUACCAGUUAGUACUCUUACCAAUGUACCAUCUGAUUGUAGCUUAUCUCUAGACUUUGGUACCACUCCUAAAAAUGUUACAAUCUCACAGCAGCCUUUAAAGGUGGCUGACAGCAGCUCUCAGGCUAAUACAAGUCAUACCGACAUUAGUGGUAAAACUACUGUCUCAACCGUCCACACAAAUUUGUCUUUUCCUCAGCAUUCUCUAAGAGUGCCUGGAAGCAACUCGCUGAGCAAAGAAAGUAUUGUUAGACCUGUAAUUAUGCCAAAAGGUGAUACGACCGUAACAAAUUGUUCUUUUCCUCAAACACUUAAAAUGCCUAAUAGCUCUACUUGUGCAUCCUCUAACAGUUGCUCUAUCUCAGCUAAUGACAUCACACUUCCUAACUGUUCCAUUCCUCAACAAACUCAAAAAGCAGCUGUUGACAACAGCCAUCAAAGUGGUAUUAGCUCUAGUUUAAUUCGAAUACCCCCAAGCCUUACUACCACAAGUGGCAGUGAUACUGAACCUCUGAGUUUCCCUGACUCUCAGUCAAUUCCCAACAGCAAUACCCUCACAUGUCCCACUCUCUUGCUGGGUUCCUUGCCUGUGGCAGCCUCUGAGUCUCAACAAACUCGAAGAACAGCUGUCGACAGCAGCCAUCAGAGUAGUAUUAGCUCUAGCUUAAUUCGGCUACCCUCAAGCCUUACUACCACAACUACCAGUGACACUGACCCUCUGAGUUUCCCUGUCUCUCAGUCAACUUGCAGCAGCAGUGCACUCAGAUGUCCCACUCUCCUGCUGGGUUCCUUGCCUGUGGCAGCCUCUGAGUCUCAACAAACUCGAAGAACAGCUGUCGACAGCAGCCAUCAGAGUAGUAUUAGCUCUAGCUUAAUUCGGCUACCCUCAAGCCUUACUACCACAACUACCAGUGACACUGACCCUCUGAGUUUCCCUGUCUCUCAGUCAACUUGCAGCAGCAGUGCACUCAGAUGUCCCACUCUCCUGCUGGGUUCCUUGCCUGUGGCAGCCUCUGGGUCUACUCAAAUCUUCACACUGAACCAGCAGAUGGUGUUGAGUCACUACACUGUGCCAGUGCAACCCAAUAUCUUUCUUGUAAACAGCCUAUCUACUGGAGCUCCAGUCAUUGCUAGUAGUACUGUGUCUGAAAAACCUUCAAAUAAUAGAACAGAAAAUCCAGAAAAAUGUUCCAAACCUACAAAAACAUCAGGCUCAGUGAUAGAUCCUCUUGAAGAUUUCCCAAUGGAUAUUGAAGAUGGUACAGAAUUAGCCGAUAUGAAGAGAGAUGAUUCGUUUGAAACAAUUUUCUGUGGAGAUCCUUUACCUGAGAUGAAACAAGAGCUGGCAGAUGACGAGAACUCUCCUCUAUAAUAUUGACCUUGUGACUGUGCAAGCUCCUCCGUGAUUCAUACAGCCAAGAUUCGCCCGAGAGAGAUAAAUAUUUUGCUGACAAGAAAUGAGAGCUACACAAAGUGAAAAACCUCUGCAUAGUUUAUUCACCCUUCGUAACUUAACCCUCUCCCGGUCGAAUUACCGCGACGCGCUUUUGGCGCUACUGGGCUGAAUUAAAUCGGGCGCUCUGAUACGAGGGGACACUUAUUCGCGUUUUUACUAAGUUAAGAACUUUAUUUUAAUAAAACUAUUAUGUAUUGUGCAUCGUUACAAAGAUGAUUAAAUCCUGUAUAAUAACGUUGUAUUUAUUUAAAAAAAAAUUAUUAACCUUAUGAGGUAAAUUAAAAUCAAACAAAAAGUCAAACUUACAUGAAAAAUCUUGUUUUAAUUGAUUGUGAAAACAACUAACAAAAUGAUUUCAGUAAAUGAGUGGUUAUAAAAAGUCCCAAAUAGUUCAUCAAAUUACGUAAGAUAGCAGCACAAGUCAGAAAGAAUUGUACUACUAAACAACUAGAUCACCGUCAAUGAAGUAAUCAAUGAACCGUUUCAAAUUAUUAAUCCUAGAUAGCGUCCCUAGUCAUAAAACUAUGAAUAAACAAGGCAACAAUGACACUGCCAAUAGAUAUUUCCAGUAUUAGUUCCCCAAACAACCGUAUGACAGCAGCACAAAGCAGAGGGCGUUGAUAAAGCAGUUGGAGGCGUUUGGACUUUUGAGCCAGGCGCCCUGCCGAGGCGUUUCGAGGCGUUUGCCCGGGAGAGGGUUAAUGAAGAUGAACAGCAAUUUUGAAGUUAUAAUUUCAAAUAAACAACUAAUGAAUGUAUUCAGCCGCUUAGUUUUGAAAACUCAAUUUAUAUUGAAAGUGGUCAAUUUAUUGAUUACACUUAUUUAAUCAAUUUCAAAUAAGCAGCAUUUUAUUUUUGUAAUUUAGAUUAAAGUUUCUAUGUAUUUAUUACUGUGUAUAGUUUUAGGAUAUUUACAUUUUUAUAAUAUUUUGGUGUCUUUUAAAACCAAAAAUUAUUUGCUCUGUAAAAUAUGUUAUAUGGGCUAAAGAAAUCGAUAUUAUUAUGAAUUAUGUUUAGUUAAAUAUAAUUAUGAAAUCUUUUAAAUACACAAACUGCUGAUUCACUA